UGCCCAACCGUAUUCCACACGAACAAAGCGUUAAUUCUACUCUCAUAAAACGCACUCAAAUGUUCUUGAAUGAAAAUAAAAAUUAUCACUUAGUUUUACCACAAAUCUUAAGCAAUUCAUGAAUGGAAUUCGACCUGCUAUCGUUAGCAUCUUGGGAAACGAUAACGUCUUCGCGCUUUAUCGCCUGGAAGCUUGCCGCGUCCAUUUGAAAAUGCAGCAUUACGAUAAAUCAACUGAUAACACAAAUCAAACCGGAUCCAAUUUUAGUGUACGUCAUAUCUUAAGUUGGUAUUAAGCUGCGUCAAGAUACGUGAGAACUUAUCGCAAAGUUGACUAACGCUGUCACGCCAUCAACCAUGUACGCAAAUUUCAAAAAGCGAUAAUGAGAUGUUAAGCUGUCAUAGUGUCUACGAUCGAUGACGACACUACAGCUCAAGCUCAAGCAAAAGAACGGAACCGGUUUAGCUCGUUUCGAUUCAUCAUUAAGACGUAGCCGCUACACCAAGAAGAUAUCACCACUAUGUUUUCAGUUGGGAUCGAAAUCUAGAAGAGAUGAGGUCCAAUAUUAUUCUGACGCUGGUGUUCAACUUCACAGUGGCCGCCGAUAUUCCCAACAAUGUGUCCAACUGCGGAACAACGAUCCAUAACAUCCAGAAACCUCUUAUCGUGAAAGGGACGACUGCCAUAGAGCAAGGUCGAUGGCCGUGGCAUGCAUCUAUUUGGCACCGACUGUCUCGCAAAACCCACGGUUACGUAUGCGGCGGAACUCUGCUCAGCGAUCUGUACGUCCUGACGGCAGGCCAUUGCGUGUCCAAGGAUGGCAAUGCCCUGAAUGAACGGCUUUUCACCGUUCAGUUGGGCUCCGUUAGACAGAAUCUACUGCUGAACAAUUUCCCAGUUCAGAACAAGGCCGUUGCGGAGGUGUUCCUACACGAAGAAUUUUCCUCGCGUGACUUCCGCGCGGAUAUUGGGCUGCUUGCGCUGAAAACCAGAGUGAAGCUGAAUGAAUACGUACGUCCUAUUUGUUUGCCUAUACGGGACCUGCGGAGUGAUUACGGAAGUAUUAUCGGUCGAAAUGCGGUAACUGUGGGGUUCGGAAUGACGGAUAGCGGUGACUAUUCAGAUGAACUGAGGCAGCUUCAAGUGCCGAUUGUGGACUACGUGACGUGUUUGCAGAGCAAUCGAGAGGUUUUCGGGAGAUCAUUGUCUGAGGGAAUUAUCUGCGCGGGAGAUGUUCAGGGAGGUACUGUGUGUAAUGGAGAUAGCGGCGGAGGGUUAUACACUGAAGAAUCUGGCGGACGAUGGAUGAUACGUGGUGUGACCAGCUUCACCGCCCAACGUGGAUGGGAUGACAGCAGUUGUAGUUUGAAGGAUUAUUCUGCGUUCGUGAAUGUAUCCUUUUAUGAGCCGUGGAUUCGUUACGUGAUGGAAAAUGGUCAACAGGAGGGAUUUUUCCACCGGAUUGGGUCGGACGACAAAAUUGGCGGAACAAAGGUAGUUGUUGAUGAAACUCCCGAAGUGGUUGAACAACCCAGAAUCAGCGACAAAAAUGUCGUGAAUAUAAGAGAAAAGGCCUUGUGGUGACCGGCCUCCGAGGACCAGGACAUAUAUACUUACAAAUCAAUGAUAAACCUUUGGGUUUGGCGUACUAUCUUAACGACCGUUAUGCCAUUACGACUGCAAACCUGGCCAGAAAUUGUAUUGACGCCACUUGUGAGACUAUAUUGGGCAAAAAAGUUCAACAAGUUAUUGUGCAUCCCAAAUUUACCGGUUCCAGAGAUUACAACGUUGCUUUGAUUUUGAUACCUCCGGCUACCGAGCCGUUUUGGUGCAUUUCCCCAGAAACUUCACCAAAGAUCUACUUUGAAAGCAGACAGCUGCGAUUGAACACAAUCACCGAGGCAUCUCCCAGUUGGGUGGAAUUUGAGCUGGACUCGUUCCUGCCAACGAAGCUGGGCUCCGUAGUCUACAACGAGCGGCGGGAAAUUAUCGGGCUGAUGCAGAAUCCGGCCGGCGAACCAAUAGUUAUGACUAAUGCAAGCGCUGUUCUUGACUGGAUCGAAUCCGUGGUGUGGAGCGGUGAAUUGAUUAGGUGAAACUUGUAAGAGCUUUGGUUUC